AUGUCGGCCCCCUCCUGUCUUCCACCAUUCGACAGUUUAGCUGCCCGAGUCGGCAUGUUUGAACUCUCUAACAUACUAACACAUGCCAAAUGGCUAGAAUUUUUCAUAAGGCUCAUACCAACAGAGAAACUCCGGACUGAAUUAUAUCUCCUGCACUUUGUACUCAAAGGUCGGGUGUAUCUCGGUGACAUCUGGCAAAUAGUCGCGGGACCAAUGCGUCCUAUUGCAUUACCAGUCAAUGACGAUGCCUAUUUCUCAGCAACUUCACGAUGCAUCACCAAACCCACAGCCACCUAUUCGGGAGCUGCGCGAAUCAAGUGUGAAACUUGGUUAAGGAGACAAAAAACCGACCCCAUCCCACCUAAAGAAAUUACUUUGAUCGAAAGUAGCUCGCCCCUUCUCGGCUCUCCUUUAACUAUUGGUCAGUUUGCUCUUGUGCACCUGGAACAACGAAUGUUGGUGACUGUGAAUUACGAUGACCCAUUGUUCAGCCUGCAAAGUACAUGGGUUACGAUGUGCCUCCAAGAGGCCUUCCAAGAGGCGCACAAAGUGGAAUUAUCCACACAGGCAGGACUCAUGUCAAUGUACCUUGACCUAGGAGGAUACCAUACUCACCAUCGCAAUGCUCAAUCGGAGCUAUUCUUCUUGCGAGCAAAGAUGCGCCGUGCCCAAGCUGAGGCAGCUGUUUAUACACUGGCCCUUGAAAAUUCCCCUGCAUCAACCUACUCUGACAGUGAUAUAGACUCGUCACAACGCCCAGCUCUGCCGCAGCAUCUACCAGAGGAAGUGCAUCGCUACAUGGAGUGCAUGGAUGACGAAUCAAUUGACACUCGCACCAAUUCUGACUUAUGCUCAGGUGUAGGAAUACUUCCAUGGCCCAAGGAGUAUGGGCCAGAGGACCUUGUUGUAAGUACAAGCAAUCUUUUUACCUUUGAACGUUCACUAUGA